UGUUUGAAAAUCCGAGCUCCAGAUCUUUUUAUAGUGACCAUGAAUGUACACGAUAGAACGCGGGAGGAAUAUAUGUGAAUGAUUUAUGCUAUCCAAUAUCUAAUAAGUUUCCCGCGCGUGUGACAAACCCUGAAUUUGAUUGGCCAAUUCCGUUGGAGCCGACCAAUCUGCGCGGCCAUCGCGAUUGACGUAACUCAUUGCGCGGGAUCUCGCUGAGCUGCGAUUGCAGUUGCCAUGCCUGUGCCAUGCGUCUGAUUGUGCUCAGUGCGAACAGGAGAAAGCAGGAAAAACGGUGGUACAAUGCCCGUCGAGAUACGAGUGAGUCAGGCCAACGUGACAGUGGAAUCUGCGGGAGUUGGUGACGUGCGAUUGUUGGCAAGUUGACCGCCCAGUUUUUGCGUAACAGUGGAUAUUGGGCAUAUCGCAACAAAGACGGUGCCAAUGAACGGGCGUCCGAUACAACGAGCAGUUUGAUUUCUCAUGGAUAAACAAGAAUGAUACUGAACGAGGGAAGCUCCUGCGACGAAACUUCGUUAAGAAGUGAACUAGAUGCGGCGGAAAAAGCAAAACAGGAAAAUGACCACGCGUGGAAAUUCGCUCUUGACCAGUUUUUCGUCACCGACGAGCGUCGAUCCGUCAAAGAGAGUGUCUAUCGCGGGGAAGGAAACGCAAAUGUGGUGCUGGCACUGCCUUGUGAGCGGAAGGUGGUGCGAUUUCGGAAGUCUUUACCUGACGAGUCGGAUCCGGAUGGAGGCGAGGCUCGAACGUGCCAGGAAAAUCAGUUUCUGAGACACGUAAUUCCCGGGUUUCUUGGCGAAUACGUUCAACCCCCGGAAAUAAUUCACGGCAGGCCUGAAGAUAUGGUGAUGCUGUCCGAAGCUAUUCGCCCUCUGCGUCCAGAAAGUCGCCGCAAGAAAGACAUAGUCGAAGAAUACGCCACCAAAUAUGUGGAUUAUGCCUUUUUACCUGCCAAACUUACCGAUUCGCUGCAGCAGCACCAUUGCAGUCGACCUACUUUCUGCGUUGAAAUCAAACCUAAACAAGGAUUCAGGCACGAAUCGGACGAACAGUUCCAGAGGUGCACGUAUUGUCUUACGCAAUACUCCAAGAUGAACAGCGGAGUGAUUAAAUCUCGGAGUACUUAUUGCCCGUUCGAUCUGUUCUCCGGUGAUGCGGAGCGUAUGAAAAAGUCCAUUCGUGGUCUUCUAAAGUCUCCUCAAAACAAUCUCAAGAUUUUCAAAGACGGCAACAUAGUUUAUGACUGUAAUAGUAAUCCAGAUGACUUGGAGUAUAUUUUAGCAGAAUGGUUCAUUACCAGUAGAUAUCGGUCAAUGGAACAAUAUUUAAGAAUCUUUAUCAGACUCGUUAGCACUGCUUUGUUGAGAGAAUUUCACCACACCCAGAUGAACGAAUCAGCCUAUUGCCCAUUGGCUCGAAUAUCGUCACAGGAUUUUGACAAUGAGACACGAAUUGAUCAAGAGCUUGUAGAGAAGGCGAAAAAACUCCUGUACUUAUCAGAUUACGAGUGCAAUUUCGUUGGCGGUAACCUCCUACGAGAUUCUGUCCUUGGACGAAUCCGCCGCAUGCAGGAAUUGCCGUAUUACAGUACCGACAUCGUAUAUAAAAUAUAUUCGAAGCAUAUACGACUUUUGAACGAUAAUUCGAUUUAUUCUGGUAUGAUAAGAAUGCACACCAGCAAGAAGAACGCACUGCCUAUCAGAAUCGGAGAGCUAUAUGAAAGAUGCGAGUCGGCACGGAAAAAGGAUGCAUCGAGCGCCGCCUAUUCCUCUGUAAAUCAAUCCCAAAGUACAUAUACCUUGAAGCCGCAAAAUCUUGGCAAAAAUGGAAAUAACAGCACUGCGUCGUCGGAUUUCCGAAGUAGUAAACUUUAUCGAAACCUAGACGAAACUGAAGGGGAGAUAAAUAGCGCAAUCACAAAUGACGAGUUGCGAGCUUUACAGAAUUAUCUCCUCGCGACAACCGCGAAGGAUUGCUCUAUUCUAAUGGCCUUCCAAGAAAUUGACUCCGUGUGCAUACCCAAUGUAGCGGAACCAAAUGUCGUGGAGACAGACCAGCUUAGUUUUUUGGUAAAUGUGGGUAUCCUGGACUUGGACCCAAAGUCCGUACACUGCAUUAAAAAACACCGGAAACGCGACAUAAACGUUCUUGUUUCUGUUUCGAAAGUUUUAGAAAAAGAGGUUCAAUCGGUGGAUAAAUCAUUAUUUGAUACAGUGUGAUUCCACUGUCGCGUUUUUUAAACCGCGUCUCGUUCGAAAUAAAAUUGAAAUUCGUCCACGUGCACGUUUCAUCAGUACAAAUCAGUUGAGUGCAAUAUUUGAACAAUUUUAAUACCGCCAAUAGCAAUUGAUGAUAUUGUUCCUUUUCCACUAAGUUGGAACUGGAAAGGUGUAUAAUGGUAAAGACUUGGUAAUUAGAGUUAUAUGACAAUGCAAAUCUCUCUACUACAAAAAAACCGAUGGUAUACAUGCUGUCGAAUAGUCAUAAUCAUUGUAAUAUGACGAUAGUUUUAAGUCACAUAAUCAGGCCAUGUUAGUGAUAAGAAAUUAUUCUAUAUGUUUUAACUAGUCAUUGUGUUAUCUCUUCAACAAUAGCAAGUAAAGUAAUAAUCUGCUUUU